AGCAGGGGAUGGGCACCGUGCUGUGGACGGUCACCUCGUGCUCCUUCCCGUUCUCUGCUAUGUGGAGCGACUCGGGAGAAAACUGAAGUGCGAGAAGAGGGAAAACAAGCGUUUGCAGGGACGCGAUCUGCACGUGCUGCGCUAAAGGGGGGUCGCUGCUCUUUUGGAGUUAACGUGGCACCUGCGGCCGAGGGGGCGUGCCCGCGGGCCUCGGGAGUCACGCGGUCGCCAGCUGAUCCCGGUGGAGUGACAGCAGAGGCCUCGAGCGGUGAUCGAUUCCCCUGGGACCGUAGGAGCGGCCCCCACCGGGGAAUCGAGCAGUAGUCCUUCGUCCCUGAUCUGGUAUAGGUUGGAGCUACGUCUCUCCAGACAGGCACCCGGAAGUAGAGGUAAGAAAAGCAGAGGCGGGAUGUCGCUCUUUCCAAGAGAUGUGGACCAUUGUGCCCGACUUUCCAAGGAGGGACACUAUGGCAGUUAUGGAAAAGGCCAGCUGUCUCCCAGUCCCCCCCCCGCAAUGGAUCCGUUGAACUGCUCCGCUCCGAGGGAAACCCUGGAGAAGGUGUCGGCCUUGCUGGGCUGCAGCGCGACCUCUGCAGAAGUGGCCUCAUACCUCGACCAGCAUGACGAGCUGAGGCAUCUCAGGGAGAAUUUUCACGUGCCCAAAAUUGCAGACUUGCCUCCUUCUGAUCUUUCGCUGGUCGACGGCAGCAACGAGUGCAUCUACCUGGUGGGGAACUCGUUGGGCCUUCAGCCCAAAAUGGCCCGGAAGUAUCUGGAGGAGGAGCUGGAUAAGUGGGCGAAAAUGGGUGCUCACGGUCACACAGAGGGCUCUCGACCUUGGGCGUGGGCUGAAAACAACAUAGAGGAACUCAUGGCUAAUGUUGUUGGAGCUAAACCUGAAGAGGUGGCACUGAUGAACGGCCUGACGGUGAAUUUACAUCUUCUGUUGCUGUCCUUCUACAAACCCACAGCGGCUCGACACAAAAUCCUCCUGGAAGACAAAGCUUUUCCUUCAGACCACUACGCUGUGGAAUCUCAGAUCAGGCUGCGAGGAUUCGACCCUCAGCAGAGCAUGUUGCUGCUUUCACCCAGACCGGGAGAAGAGACCCUGAGAACGGAGGACAUCCUGCAAGUGAUUGAGAAGGAGGGCGACUCCAUCGCCACGGUGAUGUUCAGCGGAGUUCAGUACUACACCGGUCAGCUGUUCAACAUGGCCGCCAUCACGGAGGCUGGACAGAGGAAGGGCUGUUUAGUAGGUUUUGACUGCGCCCACGCUGUCGGGAACGCCGAGCUAAAGCUGCACGACUGGGGAGUGGACUUUGCCUGCUGGUGCUCCUACAAGUAUCUGAACUCGGGCGCCGGAGGCCUCGGAGGAGCGUUUGUCCACGAGAAGCAUAAAGACACCAUCAAACCAGCGCUGUGGGGAUGGUGGGGUCACGACCUGAAGACGCGGUUCCAGAUGACUAAUGUGUUGGAGCUGCAGCCCGGUGUGAGCGGCUUCAGACUCUCCAACCAGUCCAUCCUGCUGGUCUGCCCCCUGCAGGCCAGUCUACAGGUGUUUGCCAUGACCAGUAUGCAGGCGUUACGCAGGAAGUCCCUCCUCCUGACGGGUUACCUGGAGUAUCUGAUCCAGCAUCACUACACCGAAGACGCCGCCGCGCAGCCCGGGAAACCACACGUCCGCAUCAUCACGCCCUCCGACCCUCAGCAGAGAGGCUGCCAGCUCUCGCUCUCCUUCUCGGUCCCCAUCGGCAAGGUUUUCAAGGAGCUGGAGAAGAGAGGAGUCGCAUUGGACAUGAGGGAGCCCAGCGUGCUGCGAAUCGCUCCGGUGCCGCUCUACAACACCUUCAGGGACGUCCACACCUUCGUACAGACACUGGGAUCGGCGCUCACCUCCAGCUGCCAGUGAACAAAGAGGGCUGGACUCAAGUUGACUGUGAAAAUGAACUUGGACUGCUGCAAAGUCACAGAGGUACAAGAAGAUGUCAAGGAAAACUGGACUUAUUUCACAACAUUGUCUGGAAAUGACUAAAUGUCUAUGUCAAUUUAGAAUUGUUAUAUUUAAGUCUAAAAGAUGAGUCGCCAUCUUCUUCAGUCGAACAAAAAUGAAGCUAAAAUAUUACAGUUGCCACCACCUUGUGCUUCAACAAAUAAAACCAAAGUUAUCAGAACCAUAAA